ACCUGAACAACUUCGUCUCUCUGUUUCUGUUCUUUCUUCAGUUUUACUCGUUAGCGCAAAACCUUCUCAACUAACUGCGUCACGAGUCACGACUGCCUUCUUCACACCUUGCGAGUUGAGGGGACGCAUUUCACGAAGUUUGAUAAUCUCUUCCCAUUUCUUACAUGGAAGCUCCAUUAGUCGGUCUCUAAGCCACGGUUGUUGCUAGAUCCGAAUUCGGUUUGUUCCAAUGUCUUCCUGGCUCAAAGCUGCUGAAGAUCUGUUUGAAGUUGUCGAUCGGAGGGCAAAGCUGGUUGUCAGUGAGUUAGACGAUCAAUUGGCUACCCAGUCACCAGCUUCCAAUGGGCAAGGAUCUCAAGCCAAGAGGAAAAAGUCAAAGACCAAGGCUCAAAAGAGACAGUCCAUGAAUGAAUCUCCUAAUACAAGUGAUUCUGCACGCGAACAGAUAAGUAUAUUGACAUCACAAGUAGAUGCGACUCCUGAAAUAGACAGUGAUGCUCAUUUAAAUAACAAUGAUGGGACACCAUCGGUAAAUCCUUCAAGUCAACCCAUCAAUGAGAAGCAACAGAAUCUUGAGAAAGAUUCCACAGUAAGCAUUCCUUUAACAGAGACAACAGCAAUUGAAGUUGGUCAGAAUAAUGCUCAUGAAGCAGAAGCGUCAACAACUAGUACUGAUAAGGAAGCUGUUACUUCAACUUCAAAUGGUGAGCUUGUCAAUGAGAUUCCUCCAGAUGGUCAUGAAGAACAUCCUUUUCCAUUAUCUGCCAAAGAAGUUGAGGUUGUGGAUGAAAACCAUCAAGUUGAAUCAGUUGAUGCUGGCCAAGAAAACAAAUCUAGAGACGCAGAUGUACAUCCAGAAACUGACCAAAAUAGAACAGAGUCUACAACUACCACUGCCAUCAGUAACAGAGAAACUCAAUCUAAAGUUGCUGAUGUUAAUGAGGAACCAGUAAUUGAGCAAAGUAAGCAAGUUGAGCAUAAAGCUGGUAGCACUCCUGUGAAAGUACAGGAACAGGAUCAAAGUAGGCAAGUUGAGCAUAAAGCUGGUAGUACUCCCGCGAAAGUACAGGAACAGGAUCAAAGUAGGCAACUUGAGCAUAAAGCUGGUAGCACUCCUGUGAAAGUACAGGAACAGGAUCAAAUUGAGGAGGCCCAAGGAUUGCUUAAAACUGCUGUUUCCACUGGUCAGUCUAAAGAGGCAAGGUUAGCAAGGGUUUGUGCUGGACUUUCGUCCCGACUUCAAGAAUACAAAUCUGAAAAUGCACAGCUAGAGGAACUUCUUGUGUCAGAGAGAGAGCUGAAUAAGUCAUAUGAAGCUCGCAUAAAACAGCUCCAGAAAGAUUUGUCAGCAUCCAAAAGUGAUGUGUCAAGAAUAGAGUCAAAUAUGGUUGAGGCCUUGGCUGCAAAGAAUUCAGAAAUUGAGGCACUUGUCGGUUCCAUGGAUGCACUGAAGAAACAGGCUGCUUUGUCUGAAGGAAAUCUGGCUUCGCUGCAGGCGAACGUGGAGUCUAUCAUGAGAAAUAGGGAACUAUCCGAGACAAGGAUGAUGCAGGCUUUACGAGAGGAGUUGUCUACUGUAGAACGGAGAGCAGAAGAAGAGCGUGCCGCACAUAAUGCUACCAAAAUGGCUGCAAUGGAAAGGGAAGUAGAAUUGGAACACAGAGCCCUUGAGGCAUCCACAGCCCUUGCUAGGAUCCAGAGAACAGCAGAUGAGAGGACAGCAAAGGCAUCGGAGCUUGAGCAGAAGAUGGCAUUGCUUGAGGUUGAAUGUGCCAAUUUAAACCAAGAGCUGCAAGAUAUGGAAGCUCGUGCUCGGCGCGGGCAAAAGAAGUCACCAGAAGAGGCAAAUCAAGUGAUUCAGAUGCAGGCAUGGCAGGAAGAAGUGGAACGUGCACGCCAAGGUCAGAGGGAUGCAGAGGGAAAACUUUCUUCUUUGGAGGUUGAAAUGCAAAAAAUGAGAGUUGAAAUGGCUGCCAUGAAGAGGGAUGCAGAGCAUUACUCGCGUCAGGAACACAUGGAGCUAGAGAAGCGCUACCGUGAACUAACUGAUCUAUUGUACUACAAGCAAACACAAUUAGAAACCAUGGCUAGUGAAAAAGCUGCAGCUGAGUUUCACUUGGAGAAGGAAUUGAAGCGUCUCCAGGAAGCUCAGGUAGAGGCAGAAAGGAGUAGAGUUCCCCGUCGAGCAUCAGCAUCCUGGGAAGAAGAUGCUGAAAUGAAGGCACUUGAGCCUCUUCCCUUGCAUCACCGUCAUAUGGUUGGGGCAAGCGUACAGUUGCAGAAGGCAGCAAAACUAUUAGAUUCAGGAGCUGUCAGGGCCACAAGAUUUCUCUGGCGUUAUCCAACAGCUCGACUUAUCUUGCUAUUCUACCUGGUAUUUGUACAUCUCUUCUUGAUGUAUUUGCUGCAUCGCCUUCAGGCACAAGCGGACAAUUUUUCCGCAAGAGAAGUUGCAGAGUCUAUGGGACUUGCUAACACUAACUUACCAUGAUUGGGUAGAAGCAACUCAUGCCACACCCACAAAAAUCUUCUCAAGUUCAACAAGCAUAGAAUGCGCCAAGAGUGCUGCGUCUAAUAUCUAAUUAUAAGAAGUAAACGGAAGCAAGUGAACCUUGAUUGUCGAGUGAAGAUAUAUAUGAUGGUUUUAUCUCCAUUCUUUGUCGAGGAUGCGCAUGCAAAAUGUUGAUAUCCUAAUAAUGUUUGUGAGGCAGGCACUGCUUGCUUGCGUUGUACAUCCAAACCAAUAUUGCUUUCUGCAUUGCAGAUGUGAAAUUUUCUUACAAAUAUAUAUAUAGCAACUGCUGAUUCUUUCAUUAUAUUCUUAGUUUGUAUUUGUUCAGGAAUUACUUGGUGACUUGAACUUGUGAAUGUGAAAUACACAUGUAUGUAUAUUCAUCAUUAUUA